ACCCAGAAGACUUGGAACCUUGGCCACGGGCACAGCUGUGGGUGGCCAGCUCCAGGCACCCCCAUCUCUUUGGCCCUCAGGUUUUGUGCCUGUUGUUUGGGCAGCUAUAGGCUUCACUGUCCUUGUGAAAACAUCACAACGUGCAAGGGACCCCGGGCUGAGACCUUCGUCUUCUUGGACCUGGAAGCCACCGGGCUCGCCAGCGUGGACCCCGAGAUCGCCGAGAUCUCCCUGUUUCCUGUCCACCGCUCCUGGCUGGAGAACCCCGAGCGCGAUGAGUCUGACGCCCCGGCGCUGCCCCAGGUGCCGGACAAGCUCACGCUCUGCAUGAGCAAGGAGCACCCCUUCACUGCCAAGGCCAGCGAGAUCACCGACCUGAGCAGUGAGGGCCUGGCCAGGUGCCAGGAGGCUGGCUUUGAUGGCGCUCUGGCGCGGACGCCACAGGCCUUCCUGAGCCGCCAGGAGGGCCCCUUGUGCCUCGUGGCCCACAACGGCUUCGAUUAUGACUUCCCCCUGCUGUGCACGGACUGCCUAGAUAUGCUGCCGGCGCCGCGGGGCUUGGACCGUGCCCACAGCCAUGGCACCUGGGCCCAGGGCGGCAAGGGUUACAGCCCGGGCAGCCUCUUCCACCGCCACUUCCAGGCGGCUGAGGGCCGCGUGCACACCCGGCUCACGGUCUUCCUGCACCGCGCCGCUGAGCUGCUCGCCUGCUGGGCCCGUGUCGAGCCCACGUACGUGCCACCCGACGGCCCGAGUCUCAAGGCCUGA